AUGCCGCAUCUCUCCGGUAGCCGACAAAUAACUCCGCCAUGGACGAUCCAACCAGUCCCACCUCAGGCAGUCAACGAAAUUAUUAAGUUCAUCAAUGAAGCUCGCAAGGUCAUGUUUUCCGGUCGUUCGUUACCACCAGACACUACAUCCCUAUUCAGUGACGGUAGCUGCUUUCUCGAAGCGCGCGACGGCAAGGAUUUGAUAGCCGUUAUAGGCUACGUACGCUACGACAACCGGCAUCCUCAACUCGACUACCACGCCGUGCGGACACUCGAAAUCGUGCGAUUGUUCGUGCAGCCCCAGUAUCGGCGUUGUGGACUCGCGGCCGAAUUGUUCUUAAAACUUUAUGAGAGAGCUGUCGAGGAGGAUGUCGAAUGUCUUUACCUGCAUUCGCAUCCGUUUUUGGACGGUGCGAUUAGGUUUUGGCAGAAGCGAGGAUUUGAGAUUGUUCUUGUGGAGGAUGAUCCGAAGUGGCAGACUACGCAUAUGGAGAUGACGCUGAAAAGGAGGGAGUGAAUAGAGGGGCACUACGUGGGUUUGUGGCAUGAGAUGGGAGAUUGGAGGACGAUCGACCUAGAACCGUGGGCGAUGCUUGGCCACGAAGAACUUCGCAAAAGCUGACUCAAUAUAUCGCGCAUAGUUGCAGGCAUUGAUCGCUCGAAUGAUUCAUCGAUGUACGCCGGGGAUGUCCGUGGGUUGAGAGUGGAAAUGAAAGUUGGGGACACGCCACUAGUUAGCACCAACAAGACUCUGGGCUGGCUAUCUCACUGUAAAUCUGAGGCUAUCUGCUGUGAGCAUAC